AUGUUUGAGAUUACUCGGUCAUUUCAUCGCCCCCCCAUCAGGAUUUUAGUGAAGUGUGUCGACGAGGGUUUCGUCGUGUAUGCAGUGGUUCACAAAGCAGUUCUCGGAUUCGCUGUUAUAGGUGCUCUUUAUGCAGUUUUCAUUCCGGAAGCAUUCAAGGUUGCUCAGCUGAGUGACAAUAUCAUGGUACGGCAGCAGUGGCGGAAAGCAGAGCACCACACCAAAAAUAUGCAGGCGCUUUUCAGGGAGGCUGACACCGAUGGCAACGGAACGCUUGAUAUGGAUGAGUGGAUGACCAUAUGCCAGGACGAAUGGGUGAAGAUGUGGCUUUCAUGCCAAGACGUCAAGGUGGACGAGGCCCAAGUCUUGUUCCAAAUGAUAGACGACGGAGGUGGGAGGCUCAGUGCGGAGGAGGUGGUCAAGGGGACUGCAUCCUUGAGGGGCGAGUCUGCCAUGAUGAAGUUGCUGUCGACGGCGAGGGGGAUUAGUAACAGCGUGAGUGACAUCCGUGCAGAGUUGCUUUUCUCACAACUCUCCGUUGCUGCGGAGCGUAUGUAG